CGACUAGGAGACUGCAUCGGAAAGGGAGCUUUCGGAUCUGUCUACAAGGCCUUUAAUUGGGGGACCGGGGAGGCGGUGGCUGUUAAGCAGAUCAAGCUGGUGGAUGUGCCGAAGAGUGAGCUGCGUAUGGUUGAGGUAGGUUUGGCUGAGAAGAUACCGGACCGAGAGGGGGUUGAAAUCGAUUUGUUGAAGAAUCUCAAUGUGAGUUUACAGCAUCCGAAUAUCGUCAAGUAUGUCGGGUUUGUCAAGACGGCCGAGUGCUUGAAUAUCAUCCUUGAGUACUGCGAAAAUGGAUCACUGCAUUCGAUUUCGAAGGCGUACGGAAAGUUUCCCGAGAACUUGGUGGGAGUGUACAUGGCUCAGGUCCUACAGGGCUUGCAGUAUCUGCACGACCAGGGUCUGGCGGACUUUGGCGUUUGGACGAGCCAGUUCAUGACGGGGAACGACAAGGAGGCUCAGGUGGUGGGGACCCCGUACUGGAUGGCGCCAGAGAUUAUUCAGCUGUCGGGUGCGACGUCGGCGAGCGAUAUCUGGAGCGUCGGGUGUACGGUUAUUGAGCUGCUGCAGGGGAAGCCGCCGUAUCAUAACUUGGCGGCUAUGCCGGCGCUGUUUGCCAUUGUUAAUGAUGAUCACCCUCCUUUGCCUGAGGGGGUGUCUCCGGUUGCGAGGGACUUUCUUAUGGCUUGUUUUCAGAAAGAUCCGAAUUUGAGGGUUACGGCGAAGAAGCUGAUGAAGCACCCGUGGAUUAUUGGGUGCAGGAGGACGGACGCUCCGGUGUCGAGACCACCUGCCAACUUCAACCAGGCGGUUGAGGAGGUUAAGCAGUGGAAUAAGGCUCUCAGGUCUUCGGAGCACAACAUGAGAGUCUCGAUUGGGUCUGAUCAGAGCAACGGCCCGAUCAGCCAGCGGCCGAACCUGGCUACGAAUAUCAGGGGCCCGUUGACGCUGGUGACGAAGCAGAGACCUACUCCUGAUGCGUUCAGAUCACCAGAGGUACCCGACGACGACAACUGGGACAACGACUUUGCGUCUGCUAUCUCGCCCACGGCUCUUCACCUCCCGCAUAUCAAGGGGCAGGAUAACUUUGGGGGGUUGUUGUCCAGCGACCGGCUCAAGGCGUUUGCUUCUAUUGACAGCCACCAGGACUCGGAAAACUGGGAUGAUAACUUUGAGGGGGAGCUGCUGACGAUCAAAGGGCCAAAGCACUGGUCUGAGAGCUUUGAUGCGCAGGAGCAGACGAUACGGCCGCUGCCGAAGAAGAGCAGUGACCGGUUGAGUGAGAAGCAUAGGAGGCAGAGGAGCAGGGAUAGCAGGGUGUCAAAGUCACCGACGAAGCAGCAGUUGUUGGGGAACAACGGCAAGUUUGAGCUACCGCCGAGGCCAGAUUUGCUGUAUCGGGAGCAGUCGGGGGACAAUGAUUAUUCGGAUUUGUUUGCGGAUAACGAGGGGGUUUUUGACAGGAGAUUGGGGGUUGUCAAGGAAGCUCCACAGCUGUUCCACCCCUCGGAUCUCACCAGUCCUCCACCGAGAUCGGCCACUCAACACCAGCAAUCUCCCUUGGGGGCUAGCAUAAGGAGACCUAACUCCUCGAGACCGCCAGCAACGACGGGGUCGUCGUUACAGCCGCCUGAACCGCCUGUUCGAAGGACGAGAUCGCAAGUGGAGAUUACAAAGUUUGCCGAGGACGAGCAGGACGAGGAUUUCUCGGAUAUAUUUGGCGUUGUCCCGGGGACUGACAACGCGACGUCUUUCUUGAAGAACGAGGCGACGGCUGAAGAAAGUGAUAGGGGGAGUGAAGAUGGUCAGCAGCAGCAGCAGCAGCUGGUGCUGAGUAAGCUGUCGAAUAGCAGCUGGCUUGGGGACGACGACGGGGACGAGGACGAUCCGUUUGCCAUGAUGGAGGAGCCGGGGUGGAUGGACGAGAUGGAUUUGGCGGCGAAUAUUGCGAGAGAUCGACAUGCUAGGAUGGCGGAGAAGGUGGAGAGUUUGGUGAAGAGUUUGUCCAAGAUGAGGCAGGUGGAGGAUGAGGAGGUGUUGGGGGAGCUGGCCGAGGAUUUGCUGGCGUAUUUGUGGGAGGGGGGGGAGGAGGUGAAGGGGCUGAUCAUGGGGGCGCAUGGGCUGCUGCCGAUAUUGGAGAUUUUGGAGGGGUGUGGGGUUAAGAGUCGGGGGGGCAUGGUGUUGGGGUUGUUGAGGAUUGUUAAUGCGAUUAUCCUUGAUGAUGUGGAGUUGCAAGAGAACUUGUGCUUCGUCGGUGGGAUACCGAUCGUCACCAAGUUUGCCGCCAGGCAGUACUCGAAUGAGAUUCGGCUCGAGGCUGCGGCGUUUGUGAGGCAGAUGUAUCAGACUUCUACCCUGACAUUGCAAAUGUUUGUCAGCGCGGGCGGGUUGAAUGUCUUGGUGGAGUUUCUGGACGAGGACUAUGAGACGAGUCAGGAUCUGGUGCUGAUUGGGGUGAAUGGGAUAUGGAAUGUGUUUGAGCUGCAGGGGCCGACGCCGAAGAAUGAUUUCUGCCGGAUUUUCAGCAGGAGCAAGAUUUUGGAUCCGCUGGCGGCGAUACUGCACAAGGUGCUGGACGAGGAGCGGGGGGAUGAGCUGAGCGAGCUGGUGGAGGGGAGGAUUGUGGGGAUUUUUUAUCUGUUUUCCCAGGCGGAGGCGUAUGUG